AUGGCAGAGGUGUCCCAAAUGUCGAUUUUAUGUGGAGAGGUCCCAGGGUUGCUUGCUGAUCAGCUGCAGCUUCAUUGGGUUCCCAUCAGACUAUUCAGCUACUUCCUCAUGAAGCUUGUCCUGACUCUGGUGUUCAUCAUUUUUGUUAUAGCUUCCUGGAAUGUUGGAGAAGGGAAUUGGGGUCACAUGAAAGAUUGCCUGCAGAAAGUUGAGUUUUGCCAGGACGGCCAAGUCUCUUCUUCUAAGAUGUUGAAUCCAAUUUUCAUUGCUUGCUGCAAAAAACCAGCUUCCUGCAACUCAUCAUCCGCCGACGAGAACAGCUCUUUCUAUAAUCCAAGUUGCCAUUUGUGGAGCACAAAUUCGACGAUCCUAUGUUAUGACUGCCAACUUUGCAGGGAUGCUGUACUUGAUGACUUCAGAUUGCUACCUUUCUGGGGAUUUUCCUAUCGGGGUAGCUGCAUCAUCUGA